UCGCAAUGACAUCAUUCUAGUCGUGGGAGAGUUUCAGCAUAGUGUAUCUGUAAUCGGUGACAUCAUCACUCUGCUCAGCCUGUCUAAUGUUUAGGAGUCUGAAAUGAUGUGUCACUGUCUCAUGUCUGUCAUGAAAUUGUGUAGAAGUCUAGAAUUAAGUGGGUCUGAAAUUGUGUGUGUGUGUGUGUGUGUGUUUGUGAGUCAGUGCAUCUGUGUGAGAUAAGACCGAUCAAGUUUGAAUGUCACAUGCACAAUUACAGUGAAAUGCCUUCACUGCAAACUCAAAACCCAACAAUGCAAUAAUCAAUAACAAUGUAUUACUAGAAAAAACACAGGAUAAAUAAGAAAAAAUAUGAAGAACACAAUAAGUAAGUAAGCAAGCAAGCAUAUUAUAUACAGGGUCAGUUCCAAUACCAUACUAUAUACAGGGUCAGUUCAAUACCAUACUAUAUACAGGGUCAGUUCCAAUACCAUACUAUAUACAGGGUCAGUUCCAAUACCAUACUAUAGACAGGGUCAGUUCCAAUACCAUACUAUAUACAGGGUCAGUUCAAUACCAUACUAUAUACAGGGUCAGUUCAAUACCAUACUAUAUACAGGGUCAGUUCAAUACCAUACUAUAUACAGGGUCUGUUCCAAUACCAUACUAUAUACAGGGUCAGUUCAAUACCGUACUAUAUACAGGGUCAGUUCAAUACCAUACUAUAUACAGGGUCAGUUCAAUACCAUACUAUAUACAGGGUCAGUUCUAAUACCAUACUAUAUACAGGGUCAGUUCAAUACCAUAUUAACAAUGUGCAGGGAUACUGGAGUGAUGGAGGUAGAUAUGUAUAGGGGUCAGGUGACUAUAUACAGGGUCAGUUCUAUACCAUAUUAACAAUGUGCAGGGAUACUGGAGUGAUGGAGGAAGAUAUGUAUAGGGGUCAGGUGACUAUAUACAGGGUCAGUUCAAUACCAUAUUAACAAUGUGCAGGGAUACUGGAGUGAUGGAGGUAGAUAUGUAUAGGGGUAAGGUGACUAUAUACAGGGUCAGUUCCAGUACCAUAUUAACAAUGUGCAGGGAUACUGGAGUGAUAGAGGUAGAUAUGUAUAGGGGUCAGGUGACUAUAUACAGGGUCAGUUCUAAUACCAUACUAUAUACAGGGUCAGUUCAAUACCAUACUAUAUACAGGGUCAGUCCAAUACCAUACUAUAUACAGGGUCAGUUCCAAUACCAUACUAUAUACAGGGUCAGUUCAAUACCAUACUAUAUACAGGGUCAGUUCAAUACCAUACUAUAUACAGGGUCAGUUCCAAUACCAUACUAUAUACAGGGUCAGUUCCAAUACCAUACUAUAUACAGGGUCAGUUCAAUACCAUACUAUAUACAGGGUCAGUUCAAUACCAUACUAUAUACAGGGUCAGUUCAAUACCAUACUAUAUACAGGGUCAGUUCCAAUACCAUACUAUAGACAGGGUCAGUUCAAUACCAUACUAUAUACAGGGUCAGUUCAAUACCAUACUAUAUACAGGGUCAGUUCUAUACCAUAUUAACAAUGUGCAGGGAUACUGGAGUGAUGGAGGAAGAUAUGUAUAGGGGUCAGGUGACUAUAUACAGGGUCAGUUCAAUACCAUAUUAACAAUGUGCAGGGAUACUGGAGUGAUGGAGGUAGAUAUGUAUAGGGGUAAGGUGACUAUAUACAGGGUCAGUUCCAGUACCAUAUUAACAAUGUGCAGGGAUACUGGAGUGAUAGAGGUAGAUAUGUAUAGGGGUCAGGUGACUAUAUACAGGGUCAGUUCCAGUACCAUAUUAACAAUGUGCAGGGAUACUGGAGUGAUGGAGGUAGAUAUGUAUAGGGGUAAGGUGACUAUAUACAGGGUCAGUUCCAGUACCAUAUUAACAAUGUGCAGGGAUACUGGAGUGAUGGAGGUAGAUAUGUAAAGGGUUCAGGUGACUAGUCAACAGGAUAUAAGAUAAACAGAGUAGCAGCAGCUUGUAUGUGAGGGGGUGUGUGGGUGUGUAGAGUCAGUAUAAAUGUAUGUGCAUAUCAUGUGUGAGUGAUCAGAUGAUGGAGUGUGUGUGUGUGUGUGCGAGUGUGUACGGCCCUGUGAGUGUGCAUUCGAUCAGAGUCUUGAGUGUGUUUCUAUAUGAUGUGAUUCAAUGACCUGCCACUGGCAUUAAAGAAAGCCUGUGUGUCCAUGUAUGCUGAUGAUUCAACCAUAUACGCAUCAGCAACCACAGCUAAUGAAGUCACUGAAACCCUUAACAAAGAGUUGCAGUCUGUUUUGGAAUGGGAUGCCACUAAUAAACUGGUCCUGAACAUCUCUAAAACUAAGAGCAUUGUAUUUGGUACAAAUCAUUCCCUAAGUUCUAGACCUCAGCUGAAUCUGUUAAUGAAUGGUGUGGCUGUUGAAGAAGUUGAGGAGACUAAAUUACUUGGUGUUACCUUAGAUUGUAAACUGUCAUGGUCAAAACAUAAAGAUUCAAUGGCUUUAAAGAUGGGGAGAGGUCUGUCCUUAAUACAGAGAUGCUCUGCUUUUUUGACACCACACUCCACAGAGCAAGUUCUGCAGUUUCUAGUUUUAUCUUAUCUUGAUUAUUGUCCAGUCGUGUGGUCAAAUGCUGCAAAGAAAGACCUAGUUAAGCUGCAGCUGGCUCCAGAACAAAUUCAAGAAAACGUACAGUAUUAUACAGAGCCAUGAGUGCAUGGAACUCCCGUCCAUCUUAUAAGUGAGUGAACAGCAAACCCGGUUUCAAAAGACAGGUUUAGAUAAAUAAAUAAAGCAACACCUCACGGCAGAACGCCUCUCCCCCAUGUGACCUACUCGUUGUGUGUAUGUACUGACAUGUAUGUGGAACUGAUAGAUGCACACACACUACAUGUUUAUGUUUUGAACUGUAUGUAAAUUGUAAAGUAUUUUGUCUGUAAUGUAUUUUUCAUUAUGUGUCAGUAAGUGACCCCAGUAAGACUAGCUGUCUGCAUUGGCGUUGGCUAACGGGGAUCCUAAUAAAUCAAAUCAAAUGUGUUUCUAUAGGAUGCGUUUCUAUAUAUUUAUAUAUGAUGCGUUUCUAUAUGAUGCGUUUCUAUAUAUUUCUAUAUGAUGCGUUUCUAAUAUGAUGUGUUUCUAUAUGAUUAUUAGUUCAGGAUACAGGCUCUGAGGCUCAGGUCUGUGUCCAUUGAGUGUUUCCCUCCUUGUAUUCCUUGUCUAAUCAUUGUCCUCCUUCUCUCUCUCCAGAUGGAACAGCAGUGGUCAGCAGCUCCAGUGGUGAAGGGUGCAGCGUGUCUGUCAUGUAAAGGGAUCUGCUCUGGAUUCCUCCCACAUUCCUGGAGGUAAUUUAUCCCCAACGUUAAACACACACAACGUAUGCACAUACAUGCGCGCGCGCGCACACACACACACACACACACACACACACACACACACACACACACACACACACACACACACACACACACACACACACACACACACACAACGGUGGCGUAAAGCAGGAUGGUUUCCUUAGUUUUCCUAGUUCCCCUUCUUCCUUAGUUUUCCUAGUUCCCCUUCUUCCUUAGUUUUCCUAGUUCCCCUUCUUCCUUCAUUUUCCUAGUUCCCCUUCUUCCUUCGUUUUCCUAGUUCCCCUUAGUUUUCCCCUGACGAUUCUGGAAUGUUUUGCUCCUUUUGCAUGAAUCAGUUUAUUUUCCAAAGCUUGUGAACAUGACUUGUCCUAACCUAUGUCUUCAACCUAGGCCAGGGGUAUUGAAAUCCUACCCUACGAGGUCCGGAGCACUGCUGGUUUUCUGUUGUACCUGAUAAUUAAUUGCAGCCACCUGGUGUCCCAGGUCUAAAUCAGUCCCUGAUUUAGAGAGGAACAAUGAACAGAAACAGAUUUUAAAUUGGAGGGAUCAAGUAGAUCCUUAAGUUGCUGGUUCUGAUCGAAUGACCAAUCAGGACCAACACAGAACAGAGCACACACACCCAUCACAAAGAGUGGAAGUGUUUUGUACAAGAAUAUAUGUCAGCUAUUCUGUAUCACCUGUUCUGCCCUGCUCUGUCCUGUUCUGCCCUUCUCUGCUCUGUUCUGCCCUGAUCUGUUCUGCCUUGCCCUGCUCUGCCCUCUUCUGCCCUGCUCUGUUCUGCUCUGCUCUCUGCCUUGCUCUGUUCUGCCUUGCCCUGCUCUGCCCUCUUCUGCCCUGCUCUGUUCUGCUCUGCUCUCUGCCUUGCUCUGUUCUGCCUUGCCCUACUCUGUUCUCUUCCGCUCUGUUCUGUUCUGCCCCCCCCCCCCCCCCCCCCCCAAUCAGGAAAGCAUGCAGGGUGUCCAGACCUGGAGGACCGCUCUGCCGUGCUCCGCUCUGCCGUGCUCCGCUCUGCCGUGCUCCGCUCUGCCUUUAUAUGAAACUACUUCUCUGCCUCCAGGAAAGCCUGUACCCAGUGUGGCUGCAGUGUGGAGGAUCACGGUCCCAGCUCAGACCUAGAGGACGAUCACAAGAUGGGUCGUCUCCUCGCCGACUCCAAAUACGUCCACCUGACAGCCAAGGUGAUCUUUGAUUUGAUGCAUUUGCCCAUCAAAAAUAAAUUCAGCCAUUUCAAGUGAUACACUGCAUUUCAAAUCUUUACAUUUUAGUCAUUUAGCAGACACUCUUAUCCAGAGCGACUUAGUUAGUGAAUGCAUACAUUUUCAUACUGGCCCCCCGUGGGAAUCGAACCCACAACCCUGGCGUUGCAAACGCCAUGCUCUACCAACUGAGCUACACAGGUAUUUCAAGGAUAUUUCAAGUUAUUUGGCCAGGCAGGUAUCCCUCGUAAAAGAGGUCUUCUGAUGUCAAUGGGACUAAAUCAAGGAUAGAUAAAUAAAUAAAUAAAUAAAUAUAUUUUAUUGGAUAAAAUAGAGAGACACGAAAGAUAGGAGAGAGUUGCUGAAAUACAGUGGCUUGCGAAAGUAUUCACCCCCCUUGGUAUUUUUCCUAUUUUGUUGCCUUACAACUUGGAAUUAAAAUAGAUUUUUGGGAGGUUUGUACCAUUUGAUUUGCACAACAUGCCUACCACUUUGAAGGUGCAAAAUAUUAUUUAUUGUGAAACAAAAAAGAAAUAAGACAAAAAAACAGACCUUGAGCAUGCAUAACUAUUCCCCCCCCCCCCCCCCCCCCACCCCCCCAAAGUCAAUACUUUGUAGAGCCACCUUUUGUAGCAAUUACAGAUGAAAGUCUCUUGGGGUAUGUCUCUAUAAGCUUAGCACAUUUAGCCACUGGGAUUUUUAUCCAUUCUUCAAGGCAAAACUGCUCCAGCUCCUACAAGUUGGAUGGGUUCCGCUGGUGUACAGCGAUCUUUAAAUCAUACCACAUAUUCUCAAUUGGAUUGAGGUCUGGGCUUUGACUAGGCCAUUCCAAGACAUUUAAAUGUUUCCCCUUAAACUAUUUGAGUGUUGCUUUAGCAGUAUGCUUAGGAUCAUUGUCCUGCUGAAAGGUGAACCUCCGUCCCAGUCUCAAAUCUCUGGGAGACUGAAACAGGUUUCCCUCAAGAAUUUCCCUGUAUUUAGCGCCAUCCAUCAUUCCUUCAAUUCUGACCAGUUUCCCAGUCCGUGCCGAUGGAAAAACAUCCCAAAAGCACGAUGCUGCCACCACCAUGCUUCAAUGUGGGGAUGGUGUUCUCGGGGUGAUGAGAGGUGUUUGGUUUGAGCCAGACAUAGCGUUUCCUUGAUGGCCAAAAAGCUAAAUUUUAGUCUUAUCUGACCAGAGUACCUUCUUCCAUAUGUUUGGGGAGUCUCCCACAUGCCUUUUGGUGAACACCAAACGUGUUUUUUUCUUUUUUUCUUUAAGCAAUUACUUUUUUCUGCCCACUCUUCCGUAAAGCCCAGCUCUGUGGAGUGUACGGCUUAAAGUGGUCCUAUGGACAGAUACUCCAAUCUCCGCUGUGGAGCUUUGCAGCUCCUUCAGGGUUAUCUUUGGUCUCUUUGUUGCCUCUCUGAUUAAUGCCCUCCUUGCCUGGUCCGUGAGUUUUGGUGGGCGGCCCUCUCUUGGCAGGUUUGUUGUGGUGCCAUAUUCUUUCAAUUUUUUAAUAAUAGAUUAAAUGGUGCUCCGUGGGAUUUUCAUAGUUUCGUAUAUUUUUUUAUAACCCAACCCUGGUCUGUACUUCUCCACAACUUUGUCCCUGACCUGUUUGGAGAGCUCCUUGGUCUUCAUGGUGCCACUCGCUUGGUGGUGCCCCUUGCUUAGUGGUGUUGCAGACUCCUUUCAGAACAGGUGAAUAUAUACUCAAAUCAAGUGACCGUUAGAUUGCACACAGGUGGACUUUAUUUAACUACAGUGGGGAGAACAAGUAUUUGAUACACUGCCGAUUUUGCAGGUUUUCCUACUUACAAAGCAUGUAGAGGUCUGUAAUUUUUAUCAUAGGUACACUUCAACUGUGAGAGACUGAAUCUAAAACAAAAAUGCAGAAAAUCACAUUGUAUGAUUUUUAAGUAAUUAAUUUGCAUUUUACUGCAUGACCUAAGUAUUUGAUACAUCAGAAAAGCAGAACUUAAUAUUUGGUACAGAAACCUUUGUGUGCAAUUACAGAGAUCAUACAUUUCCUGUAGGUCUUGACCAGGUUUGCACACACUGCAGCAGGGAUUUUGGCCCACUCCUCCAUACAGACCUUCUCCAGAUCCUUCAGGUUUCGGGGCUGUCGCUGGGCAAUACAGACUUUCAGCUCCCUCCAAAGAUUUUCUAUUGGGUUCAGGUCUGGAGACUGGCUAGACCUUGAGAUGCUUCUUACGGAGCCACUCCUUAGUUGCCCUGGCUGUGUGUUUCGGGUCGUUGUCAUGCUGGAAGACCCAGCCACGACCCAUCUUCAAUGCUCUUACUGAGGGAAGGAGGUUGUUGGCCAAGAUCUCGCGAUACAUGGCCCCAUCCAUCCUCCCCUCAAUACGGUGCAGUCGUCCUGCAGAAAAGCAUCCCCAAAGAAUGAUGUUUCCACCUCCAUGCGUCACGGUUGGGAUGGUGUUCUUGGAGUUGUACUCAUCCUUCUUCUUCCUCCAAACACGGCGAGUGGAGUUUAGACCAAAAAGCUUAAUUUUUGUCUCAUCAGACCACAUGACCUUCUCCCAUUCCUCCUCUGGAUCAUCCAGAUGGUCAUUGGCAAACUUCAGACGGGCCUGGACAUGCACUGGCUUGUUCUGGGCUGAUCCCUCACCUUCCUCAUGAUCAUUAAUGCCCCACGCGGUGAGAUCUUGCAUGGAGCCCCAGACCGAGGGUGAUUGACCGUCCUCUUGAACUUCUUCCAUUUUCUAAUAAUUGUGCCAACAGUUGUUGCCUUCUCACCAAGCUGCUUGCCUAUUGUCCUGUAGCCCAUCCCAGCCUUGUGCAGGUCUACAAUUUUAUCCCUGAUGUCCUUACACAGCUCUCUGGUCUUGGCCAUUGUGGAGAGGUUGGAGUCUGUUUGAUUGAGUGUGUGGACAGGUCUUUUAUACAGGUAACAAGUUCAAACAGGUGCAGUUAAUACAGGUAAUGAGUGGAGAACAGGAGGGCUUCUUAAAGAAAAACUAACAGGUGUGUGAGAGCCGCAAUUCUUACUGGUUGGUAGGUGAUCAAAUACUUAUGUCAUGCAAUAAAAUGCAAAUUAUUUACUUAAAAAUCAUACAUUAUGAUUUUCUGGAUUUUUGUUUUAGAUUCCGUCUCUCACAGUUGAAGUGUACCUAUGAUAAAAAUUACAGACCUCUACAUGCUUUGUAAGUAGGAAAACCUGCAAAAUUCGGCAGUGUAUCAAAUACUUGUUCUCCCCACUGUAAAUAUGUGACUUCUGAAGGUAAUUGGUUGCACCAGACCUUAUUUCGGGGCUUCAUAACAAAGGGGGUGAAUACAUAUGCACGCACCACUUUUCCGUUAUUAGAAUUUUUUUAGAAUUUUUUAAAACAAGUUAUUGUUUUUAUUUCACUUCACCAAGUUGGACUAUUUUGUGUAUGUCCAUUACAUGAAAUCCAAAUAAAAAUCAAUUUAAAAUACUGGUUGUAAUGCAACAAAAUAGGAAAAACGGCAAGAGGGAUGAAUACUUCUGCAAGGCACUUUAGCAGCGUUGAACCUGCAGCAUCAGCUUAGACUGUUUGACCACCCUAGGCCAUAAACACUGUAAAUACGUUUCCAUGGUGUUACAGGUGAAGGGAGUCCGGGUGUAAUACGUUUCCAUUGUGUUACAGGUGAAGGGCGUCCGGGUGUAAUACGUUUCCAUGGUGUUACAGGUGAAGGGCGUCCGGGUGUAAUACGUUUCCAUGGUGUUACAGGUGAAGGGCGUCCGGGUGUAAUACAUUUCCAUUGUGUUACAGGUGAAGGGCGUCCGGGUGUAAUACAUUUCCAUUGUGUUACAGGUGAAGGGCGUCCGGGUGUAAUACAUUUCCAUUGUGUUACAGGUGAAGGGCGUCCGGGUGUAAUACAUUUCCAUUGUGUUACAGGUGAAGGGCGUCCGGGUGUAAUACAUUUCCAUUGUGUUACAGGUGAAGGGCGUCCGGGUGUAAUACAUUUCCAUUGUGUUACAGGUGAAGGGCGUCCGGGUGUAAUACAUUUCCAUUGUGUUACAGGUGAAGGGCGUCCGGGUGUAAUACAUUUCCAUUGUGUUACAGGUGAAGGGCGUCCGGGUGUAAUACAUUUCCAUUGUGUUACAGGUGAAGGGCGUCCGGGUGUACAAACGUAACCGCAUGGUCAUCACCAACCCUGUCGUCUCCAGGAAGGACCCCACCUUCAACACCAUCACCUACGACUGGGCCCCGCCAGGACUCACACAGAAACUGGUAAGGGGAAGGAAAGGGGAGGGGAGGGGAGGGGAGGGAAGGGAAGGGAAGGGGAGGGGAGGGGAAGGGAAGGGAAGGGAAGGGAAAGGAAAAUGUUUCCCCCUGACACACAGUGGGCACACUUCCUGCCUGUCAGCCGAUGGAAGAACCAUGAAGUUUAUUUCCAGACCUUCUGUCCGUCUGUCCUCCUAACGCGCUCCACUCUGCUCUGCCACGAGACCUCUAGGGUCCCUGUGGACAAAAGGCCUGGUCGGACCUGGUCCAGCUCCUACAUUAAAGAGCUCCAUUUAAAGAUUUGCUCUCUUCCAGAGUAGGACCUGACUGUAACGGCACAGCGAGCCUCAGCCAGAGGCAGCAUUGGGGUGUGAUGUAGUAGAGAUCAACAUAGUUCCAUGCUUGGCAUUUCCCACCUUAGUCAGUCAGAACUGACUUUCCAGAACUGUCCGUCCACGUGCCGCAGCCACCAUCACCACAGAGAUAUAUAUUUAGAGAGUUCGGCCAUCUUUUAUAUAUAUAUAAUAUAUAUAUUAUUCUAGAUAUUCAGUUACAUAGCAUUUUCUAAAAAUAUUUCUCAUUUAAUGUUAAUGGGGCACUCUGUGGUGGGAAAAAGUACCCAAAUGUUAUACUUGAGUAAAAGUAAAGAUGCCAGAAAAUGACUCAAGUAAAAGUCUAAAAUGUACUUAAGUAUCAAAAGGAAAAGCAAAUGCCAUAUCAAAAUGCUAUCUCGAAUUCCUUAUAUUAUAUAAUUAUAUUAGGCAAAUGAGACGGCACGAUUUUCUUGUGUUUUAUUUCAUUUACAGACAGACUGGGGCACACUCCAACACUCAGACUAUUUACAAACCCAAUAUGUGUGUUUAGCUAGUCCGUCAGAUCAGAGGCAGUAGGGAUGACUGCGCAUUCGCUUGAUAAAGUGCGUGAAUUGGACCAAUAUCUGCUGUCAUGCCUGAGCAUUCGAAAUGUAACGAGUACUUUUGGGUGCCAGGGGAAAAUGUAUGGAGUAAAAAGUGUAUUAUUUUAUUUAGGAAUGUAGUGAAGUAAAAGUAGUCGAAAAAUAUAAAUAGUAAAGUACAGAUACUACAAAAAAACGACUUAAAUAAAAAUACUUUGAAGUACUACUUAUGUACUUUAUACCACUGGGGGAGCUAACACGGCUGCCAUAGACUUUAUACCACUGGGGGAGCUAACACGGCUGCCAUAGACUUUAUACCACUGGGGGAGCUAACACGGCUGCCAUAGCUCCCCCAGUGGUAUAAAGUCUAUGGCAGCCGUGUUAGCUCCCCCAGUGGUAUAAAGUCUAUGGCAGCCGUGUUAGCUCCCCCAGUGGUAUAAAGUCUAUGGCAGCCGUGUUAGCUCCCCCAGUGGUAUAAAGUCUAUGGCAGCCGUGUUAGCUCCCCCAGUGGUAUAAAGUCUAUGGCAGCCGUGUUAGCUCCCCCAGUGGUAUAAAGUCUAUGGCAGCCGUGUUAGCUCCCCCAGUGGUAUAAAGUCUAACACGGCUGCCAUAGACUUUAUACCACUGGGGGAGCUAACACGGCUGCCAUAGACUUUAUACCACUGGGGGAGCUAACACGGCUGCCAUAGACUUUAUACCACUGGGGGAGCUAACACGGCUGCCAUAGACUUUAUACCACUGGGGGAGCUAACACGGCUGCCAUAGACUUUAUACCACUGGGGGAGCUAACACGGCUGCCAUAGACUUUAUACCACUGGGGGAGCUAACACGGCUGCCAUAGACUUUAUACCACUGGGGGAGCUAACACGGCUGCCAUAGACUUUAUACCACUGGGGGAGCUAACACGGCUGCCAUAGACUUUAUACCACUGGGGGAGCUAACACGGCUGCCAUAGACUUUAUACCACUGGGGGAGCUAACACGGCUGCCAUAGAACGUUGUAGUGCGUCGUCUAGUCUUACCUUUACGACAGAAAACUACAUCAGAUUGUGACAAAUUGAUCAAAAUAUUUUUAUAUUGGAUUGAGAGUUUCAUUCAUCUUUUUAAAUACGAUCUCAGUGUAGUCUUUGCUAUGCAUUUUGUUGACACACGGUACAGUUACUGUAUCUUCUGUUAGUGGUACAGUACAUAUUAGUGAUCUCUCUCUAAGAAUACCUCAGAGUUUUGUAUGAUUCACUGAGGAGCAUGAUGCAGUCUGUCUGUGGUGCAGCCUGCAUGCUAAAGCCUGCCUGUGCGGAGUGUGUGUGUGUGUGUGUGUGUGUGUGUGUGUGUGUGUGUGUGUAGGCCUCCCUCAUGCUCUUAAGGCCAGGGCCGGCCUUCCAGGAAACCUUCAUCAGGACACACUAAUGACAGGCAGGAUUGUGGAGUGGUGAACUUUACCCCAGGAUUGUGGAGUGGUGAGCGGUGAGCUUUACCCCAGGAUUGUAGAGUGGUGGAGUGGUGAGCGGUGAGCUUUACCCCAGGAUUGUGGAGUGGUGGAGUGGUGAGCGGUGAGCUUUACCCCAGGAUUGUGGAGUGGUGAGCGGUGAGCUUUACCCCAGGAUUGUAGAGUGGUGGAGUGGUGAGCGGUGAGCUUUACCCCAGGAUUGUAGAGUGGUGAGCGGUGAGCUUUACCCCAGGAUUGUGGAGUGGUGAGCGGUGAGCUUUACCCCAGGAUUGUGGAGUGGUGAGCGGUGAGCUUUACCCCAGGAUUGUAGAGUGGUGAGCGGUGAGCUUUACCCCAGGAUUGUGGAGUGGUGGAGUGGUGAGCGGUGAGCUUUAACCCCAGGAUUGUGGAGUGGUGAGCGGUGAGCUUUACCCCAGGAUUGUGGAGUGGUGGAGUGGUGAGCUUUACCCCAGGAUUGUGGAGUGGUGGAGUGGUGAGCUUUACCCCAGGAUUGUAGAGUGGUGGAGUGGUGAGUGGUGAGCUUUACCCCAGGAUUGUGGAGUGGUGAGCGGUGAGCUUUACCCCAGGAUUGUAGAGUGGUGGAGUGGUGAGUGGUGAGCUUUACCCCAGGAUUGUGGAGUGGUGAGCGGUGAGCUUUACCCCAGGAUUGUGGAGUGGUGGAGUGGUGAGCUUUACCCCAGGAUUGUAGAGUGGUGGAGUGGUGAGUGGUGAGCUUUACCCCAGGAUUGUGGAGUGGUGAGCGGUGAGCUUUACCCCAGGAUUGUAGAGUGGUGGAGUGGUGAGCGGUGAGCUUUACCCCAGGAUUGUGGAGUGGUGAGCGGUGAGCUUUACCCCAGGAUUGUAGAGUGGUGGAGUGGUGAGCUUUACCCCAGGAUUGUAGAGUGGUGAGCGGUGAGCGGUGAGCUUUACGCCAGGAUUGUAGAGUGGUGAGCGGUGAGCUUUACCCCAGGAUUGUAGAGUGGUAAGCGGUGAGCUUUACCCCAGGAUUGUAGAGUGGUGGAGCGGUGAGCGGUGAGCUUUACCCCAGGAUUGUAGAGCGGUGAGCGGUGAGCGGUGAGCUUUACCCCAGGAUUGUAGAGCGGUGAGCGGUGAGCGGUGAGCUUUACCCCAGGAUUGUAGAGCGGUGAGCGGUGAACGGUGAGCUUUACCCCAGGAUUGUGGAGUGGUGAGCGGUGAGUGGUGAGCGGUGAGCUUUACCCCAGGAUUGUAGAGCGGUGAGCUUUACCCCAGGAUUGUAGAGCGGUGAGCGGUGAGCGGUGAGCUUUACCCCAGGAUUGUAGAGCGGUGAGCUUUACCCCAGGAUUGUAGAGUGGUGAGCGGUGAGCUUUACCCCAGGAUUGUAGAGUGGAACAGCCAGGCAGAGAGUGGGGAGCAGAGUUUACCACUAAAAGAGCGCUGUAGCCCACCCUUACAAAGAAAACCCAAUGUGACUGAUGUGUCCUCUUCCAAGAGGUUUUGUGACUGAAGUUUACUAUUUACUGAGGCUGUUUGGAAUGUGUUUGAUGACCUCUGUUAUUAGGGGAGAGAUGAAGGAUGAUUGGCUAAUUUGAGUGGCUAGCUAGUGGCCAGCUAGCUAGAUACGUUUUGUUAGAGAUGGAGAAAAGAGGAAUAGAGUGGUGUUCUAGGCCACAGAGGGCUGACAGUAGAAGAGGCUGACAGUAGAAUAGAUGGAGGGUUGUGAUAGGCCACAGAGGGCUGACAGUAGAAGAGGCUGACAGUAGAAUAGAUGGAGGGUUGUGAUAGGCCACAGAGGGCUGACAGUAGAAUAGAUGGAGGGUUGUGAUAGGCCGCAGAGGGCUGACAGUAGAAUAGAUGGAGGGUUGUGAUAGGCCGCAGAGGGCUGACAGUAGAAUAGAUGGAGGGUUGUGAUAGGCCACAGAGGGCUGACAGUAGAAGAGGAGGAGGGCUGGAGGAAUGAAGACACGGGUUGGAGAGAAGGAAGGAUGGAGAGACUAGAAGAAAGGAGAGAAGGAGUGCUUUGCUAGCGAGGCCACACUGUGCUGACAGCAACCUGGAGGCUGUAGGAAAGAGUGAUGGUCCCUCAGCGCUGUGAGGGUUAGCUGCUUGUUCCACUGUGGAACCGAUCUGGAAUGUGUUGAAUGUCUGCGUGUGUGUGUGUGUGUGUGUGUGUGUGUGUGUGUGUGUGUGUGUGUUCUAACAAAUACAAAAAUAUAAACAUCUGCCAAGAAGGUUAUUUGUCAUAUAACGUUACUUAUAAAGUGGUGAUGUUGAACACCAUCAUAGAAAGGCUGUUCUGUUAAUAACAAAGAGGCAGUGUUGCAGCGUGGGUAACGCAGUCCGCUGCGGUGUGGCUGUGUAUGGGGCAGCACAGGGAGAAGGGCCUCAGGGAACUACAGUGUGAAUGGACCUCUCUGUGCUCUGUUCCCUAACAGGGACCCUGUAGAUUAGAGCAGUGGUUCCAAACCAGGGGUAAUAGGACCCCUGGGGGUACUCAGUCUAUCCACAGGGGGGUACUUGAGAAGACUCAUGAGACCAUAGAGGCCUACUGGUAAAAUGCACAAGAGGGGGUACUUCAGGGGUACUCCGGGCAGAGGAAAAUUCAGUUGGUGGUACAGUAACCGAAAAAAGGUUGGGAACCACUGGAGUAGAGGUUCUGUUUCUCCGCUACUGGGAAGGUAAACACGCCACGGCUGCCUACCGUAGGGCUCUGGUCUGAAGUAGUGCACUACAUAGGGGAUAGGGUGCCAUUCUCUGGUCUAAAGUAGUGCACCACAUAGGGGAUAGGGUGCCAUUCUCUGGUCUAAAGUAGUGCACCACAUAGGGGAUAGGGUGCCAUUCUCUGGUCUAAAGUAGUGCACUACAUAGGGGAUAGGGUGCCAUUCUCUGGUCUAAAGUAGUGCACUACAUAGGGGAUAGGGUGCCAUUCUCUGGUCUAAAGUAGUGCACCACAUAGGGGAUAGGGUGCCAUUCUCUGGUGUAAAGUAGUGCACUACAUAGGGUAUAGGGUGCCAUUCUCUGGUCUAAAGUAGUGCACCACAUAGGGGAUAGGGUGCCAUUCUCUGGUCUAAAGUAGUGUACUACAUAGGGGAUAGGGUGCCAUUCUCUGGUCUAAAGUAGUGCACCACAUAGGGGAUAGGGUGCCAUUCUCUGGUCUAAAGUAGAGCACCACAUAGGGAAUAGGGUGCCAUUCUCUGGUCUAAAGUAGUGCACCACAUAGGGGAUAGGGUGCCAUUCUCUGGUCUAAAGUAGUGCACUACAUAGGGGAUAGGGUGCCAUUCUCUGGUCUAAAGUAGUGCACCACAUAGGGGAUAGGGUGCCAUUCUCUGGUCUAAAGUAGUGCACCACAUAGGGGAUAGGGUGCCAUUCUCUGGUCUAAAGUAGUGCACUAUAUAGGGAAUAGGGUGCCAUUCUCUGGUCUAAAGUAGUGCACUACAUAGGGGAUAGGGUGCCAUUCUCUGGUCUAAAGUAGUGCACUACAUAGGGGAUAGGGUGCCAUUUGGGAAGCAGCCGUUGGGUAUAGCUCAGUGUUAAAGGAACCAAUCUCAGGUUCCAAAGCCAGCUAUAGCUGCUGCUGACUACAGUGGAGUCAGUCACAUAAAGAACUAGUCAAAGACAAACCGUACCGUUUAGAUCAAGACCAACUACCGUUUAGAUCAAGACCAACUGUACCGUUUAGAUCAAGACCAACUACCGUUUAGAUCAAGACCAACUGUACCGUUUAGAUCAAGACCAACUAGCGUUUAGAUCAAGACCAACUGUACCGUUUAGAUCAAGACCAACUGUACCGUUUAGAUCAAGACCAACUGUACCGUUUAGAUCAAGACCAACUGUACCGUUUAGAUCAAGACCAACUGUACCGUUUAGAUCAAGACCAACUGUACCGUUUAGAUCAAGACCAACUGUACCGUUUAGAUCAAGACCAACUGUACCGUUUAGAUCAAGACCAACUGUACCGUUUAGAUCAAGACCAACUGUACCGUUUAGAUCAAGACCAACUAGCGUUUAGAUCAAGAUCAACUAGCGUUUAGAUCAAGAACAACUGUACCGUUUAGAUCAAGACCAACUGUACCGUUUAGAUCAAGACCAACUGUACCGUUUAGAUCAAGACCAACUGUACCGUUUAGAUCAAGACCAACUAGCGUUUAGAUCAAGACCAACUGUACCGUUUAGAUCAAGACCAACUAGCGUUUAGAUCAAGCAUACUCUCGAUUGUAUUACAGGAACCAGCUCCUAAAAGUGACAGUUAAAAAAAAUACUUGUCUGAACACAUUAGAUUUGAUUCUAUUGUUGCUGUUGUAACUCAAUAUUAGGAAGGUGUUCCUAAUGUUUGGUAUACUCAGUGUAUAUCUUGUAAAAUGACAGGGGGGAUUUGUUCAUUUGAGUUUCAUGCUUGUUUUAUUAUUUAAAAGUGGAACAUUAAUUGCAUCAUUCAAGUCCGAAGUUGAUGGGUUUAUGGAGCCCCUCACCACUCUCUGGAAGUCUCCCUCAGAGUUUUGUCAGCAACACGUGACAACGGAGGGCCCUCAGCGCGAGUUGAUAUGGGCGAGGGGGUGGUUUGGGAUUCACUGUCUCUCUCUCCUCUCUCCUCUCUCUCUCUCUCUCUCUCUCUCUCUCUCUCUCUCUCUCUCUCUCUCUCUCUCUCUCUCUCUCUCUCUCUCUCUCUCUCUCUCUCUUCCUCUCUCCUCUCUCCUCUCUCCGCUAUCUCUCUCCUCUCUCUCUCUCCUCUAUCUCUCUUGCUCUGCCCCCUCCCCUUUCCAGGCCAUGCUGUACAUGGAGUUGCUCCCGGAGGAAAAGCGUCCUGUAGCAGGGACUGAGGGAGCGAUGUACCGGCGCAGGCAGCUGAUGAGGCAGCUACCUGUCUACGAUCAGGACCCCUCACAGUGCCACAGGCCUCUGUCAGAGGACGAGGUUAGAUUUUGAUUUGAUAUGCUUCUUGUCCAAAUAAAUUAUAAAUAAAUCUCUCUCUCUCUCUAUAUUUUAGCAUUUAAGCCUCCAUUUUUGGGGAUUUGUCCACAUUUUUGAUAGUGUGCUCCACCUGGGCGGCAGGUAGCUUAGUGGUUAAGAGCGUUGUGCCAGUAACCGAAAGGUCGCUGGUUCUAAUCCCAGAGCCGACUAGGUGAAAAAUCUGUCAAUGUGCCCUUGAGCAAGGCACUUAACCCUAAUUGCUCCUGUAAGUCGAUCUGGAUAAGAGUGUCUGCUAAAUGACUAAAAUUUUAAAAGAUGUAUCUCAUCGGUCAGAUUGUUAUUUUCAAACCCACACACCUGUAACAUACACUAUUUGAUAUAAAGGAUAUUUAAAGAGCGCAGAUGGAUACCCAUCAUUUCUUUUGACACGAUUUGAUAUUUAUUAAUACAUAUUAAGCUGCACCUGCAGUAAUAAACAUUACAUUCGUUAAACAUAGUUGAGGAUGGACUAUACAUCAUAUAGCCUGAAAGGUUAUUUCCAUUGUCGGUCUUUGUUCCCCCACCAGCUCCAGGCCAUGUCUGUCUUCAUGAAGACCUACAAGGAAGAGGCUCUUGGGGUGGGGGAGGUGGCGCUGCCUGGGGAGGGAGGAGCUCACCCUCCGCCCACCGUGGUCAAAGGAGAUAAGCAGAAGAACGGAACUGGGACUGGGACUGGGAAUGGGCAGGCCACCAUUAUCCAGCCAGACCCUAUUUAUACUCCCACCACCAAUGGGACUGACGGCUGUAGGAAAAGUGAAUAUGUAAGUCUCAUUGGUACACUAUUUACAGGAGCGUUUGCUUUAGCUUGCCUGAAGUGCCAGAUGGGCGGGGUUUGUGUUUUUGGAAUUAUUCUAUUGGUUCCAUUUAAGCCAGGCAAGCUCAAUCAAGCACAGAUAAAGUAUUUGAAAUGAUUUCUAAUAGUACUUGAAUACAGGUCUAUUUUGACCCUGUCUCUCACCUAUCCUCUCCAUCUAGCAGCCUCCUCCUGCUCUAGAGAGGGGGCCUCCCACUCCACUCCAAGCCUUUCAAUCUGCUCUAGAGGGGGGGCCUCCCACUCCACUCCAAGCCUUUCAAUCAGCUCUAGAGAGAGGGGGCCUCCCACUCCGCUCCAAGCCUUUCAAUCUGCUCUAGAGAGAGGGGGCCUCCCACUCCACUCCAAGCCUUUCAAUCUGCUCGAGAGAGGGGGCCUCCCACUCCACUCCAAGCCUUUCAAUCUGCUCUAGAGAGAGGGGGCCUCCCACUCCACUUCAAGCCUUUCAAUCUGCUCUAGAGAGAGGGGGCCUCCCACUCCACUCCAAGCCUUUCAAUCUGCUCUAGAGAGGGGACCUCCCACUCCACUCCAAGCCUUUCAAUCCUUAGGCUAUUUUAUUUUUCUCUUUCAUUACUCCAUUCCUUACUUUUCUUUCAUCACCCCUGCACUUUGAAUUUUCCUACAAGAAUAAUUUGAGUUUUUAAAAACGAAUAAUUAUUUGUUUUGACAUGCAUAACACAAAGGCUUUUAAUUAUGUUGAAUCAUAAAGUUCACAUAUAGGAGUUAAGAUCAGAAUGAAUGGUGGUGAUUGGUCGCUGUGGGGGAAAUCCAACACUUGAAGAAAGACAUACCCCAAGAGACUUGCAGCUGUAAUUGCGGCAAAAGGUGGCUCUACAAAGUAUUGACUUUGGGGGGUGGGGGGGGGGGGGGUGAAUAGUUAUGCACGCUCAAGUUUUCUUUCUUUUUUUUGUCUUAUUUCUUGUUUGUUUCACAAUCAAAAAAUAUUUUGCAUCUUCAAAGUGGUAGGCAUGUUGUGUAAAUCAAAUGAUACAAACCCCCCCAAAAUCCAUUUUAAUUCCAGGUUGUCCAGGCAACAAAAUAGGAACAAUGCCAAAGGGGGUGAAUACUUUCGCAAGCCACUGUAUAUCAUUCUCCUGACUGCUAUGUGAGCUCAACCUGGGGAACUAGACAUUUUCCCUGGUCAGAUUCUGUCACUGUUACUGCACAUAGAGCUAGCAGUUUCCUAUUGGCUAGGUAGUAAGGCAUGCUUAGGUGAAGUGGAGAAAGCAGGCACUAUAGUGUCCUGGGGGUUGGUGGGACAGAAAUACACUGUAGUCAGGAUAAGUUGUUUUUCCUGAACACAUUACCUAGCAUGACAGAGUCAGGGUAAGUUAUAAGUACAGUCAUCUUCUGGUAUACAUCUUCUAAACUCCAUCAUGACUUUUCAUGUGAGUUCUGUUGGCCCAACAGUGUCCUCAAUGAGCUUCAACUAACGCCGUCAGUCUGAUCGGUGACCUGUGAAGUAGUAAUGAUCUCCUUCUGUUACCCCCGGCUCAGACUGACGAUGCGUCCCAAAUGGCACCCUAUUCCUACAUAGUGCACUACUUUUGGGCUCUGGCCAGGGAAUACGGUGCUAUUUGGGACGCAGCCUGAGACUAUUGAUUAUUUCCUCGACUCCUCUAAUUCGCGCUCUGUGCCUCCUUUUCAAAAACGCAUUGGAGAAGGUCAAUACGGAGGUGAGGAAAUGAAGCAAAGAAUUGUGGAAAGACGGAGAGAGAGAGCUGCCAGAGAGAUUGAGAGAGAGAGAGAGCUGCCAGAGAGAGAGAGAGAGAGAGAGAGAGAGAGAGAGCUGCCAGAGAGAGAGAGAGAGAGAGAGAGAGAGCUGCCAGAGAGAGAGAGAGAGAGCUGCCAGAGAGCGAGAGAGAGAGAAGCCGCUGCCAGAAGAGAGAGAAGAGGCUGCCAGAGAGAGAGAGAAGCGCUGCCAGAGAGAUAGAGGAGAGAGCGCUGCCAGGAGAGAGAGAGAGAGAGAGAAGAGAGAGCGCUGGCCAGAGAGAGAGAGAGAGAGCGCUGCCAGAGAGAGAGAGAGAGAGAGAGAGCGCUGCCAGAGAGAGAGAGAGAGAGAGAGAGCGCUGCCAGAGAGAGAGAGAGAGAGAGAGAGAGCGCUGCCAGAGAGAGAGAGAGAGCGCUGCCAGAGAGAGAGAGAGCGCGCUGCCAGAGAGAGAGAGCGCGCUGCCAGAGAGAGAGAGCGCUGCCAGAGAGAAAGAGAGAGCUGCCAGAGAGAGAGAGAGCCAAGCCAAGCCAAAACCAAGCUUCUCUUUAUCAGGAAACAGUUGUAAUUCUUCUUCUGCUGCUCAGGGAAAUAUGCAAUGGUCUCCACCUAAUCAAUAGACACUCAAGUAAUUACAGGGCCACAGCACACAGCAUCAUCUAGUACACAUUACUUCCUGUUGAAUGCGGAAUGAGGGAGAGCUCGGUUUGUUGUUUUGAAAGUCUAUUGAAAACGAUUGGUUACUAGUUAGCUAACUUUUGAGUUUGGAUCCCGCGAGGUGGUUGGCAUCAGUUGCUGGGACCGCUACUAUCUGCCCAAGGUCUGAGGAGCAGCUUGGCGUAGCAGCUAGCCUAGCUGCUAGCUAGCUGCCUAUCAAGCUAGCUGAGUUUUCAUGAGGGCUUAAACACAGCGCCGCGACGCGGUUAGCCAUUGUGGUUGAGACCGCGGAUUGUCCUGGGCUUGUGGCUGAUUAGAUCCCUGCUGUUUGUUUUCAAUCUUCCCUGUGACCUGUCCUGUCUGGAACUGAGAGGAGUAACAGCGUAACCUACGUUGCUACCAUGACAAAGACCAAUGCCGGCGGGAGUACCAUUGAGGACAGUGGUGUCUCUCUAUCACAGGUGAAGGAUCUUUUAAACAAACAAAAAAAAAAUAGUUUUACAAGCAGUUGUUACAACAACAAGAACAUUGCUUCAAGUGUUUUGUCCAAAUACUGGUGGAGUCAACUAAUAAAAGAAUGGACGACCUGGCCAGAGAGGUCCAGGACCUAAAGAAGAUGACAAUCUGUAAGUCAUUGAGAGAGGACAUCAGUUCUGUAUGUGAAUUCAUGAUAACAAUGACGGAGAAAUCAGAUUAUCUCGAGUGCCAAUCAAUGAGAAACAACAUGGUUGUGGAAGGAAUUGCAGAGUCUCCACACGAGACCUGGACGGAGUCUGAGGACAACGUGAGAAAAAUGAUCUCGGAGAAACUGAAGAUGGACCACAGGAAGAUUGAGGUGCUGAAACUGAACUGAAAAACCCAGGGCCUCCCGAGGGGCGCAGCGGUCUAAGGCACUGACACUGCAUCGCAGUGCUAGAGGCGUCACUACAGACCCUGGUUCGAUCCCAGCCUCGAUCCCACGACCGGGAGACCUAUGAGACGGUGCACAAUUGGCCCAGCGUCGUCCGGGUUAGGGGAGGGUUUGUCCGGCCCGGGAUGUCCUUGUCCCAUUGCGCUCUAGUGACUCCUUGUGGCGGGCCGGGCGCAUGCACGCUGACUACGGUCGCCAGUUGUAUGGUGUUUCCUCCGACACAUUGGUGCAGCUGGCUUCCGGGUUAAGCGAGCAGUGUGUCAAGAAGCAGUGCGGCUUGGGCGGGGUUGUGUUUCGGAGGACACAUGGCUCUUGACCUUUGCCUCUCCCGAGUCUGUACGGGAGUUGCAGCGAUGGGACAAGACUGUAACUACCAAUUUGGAUAUCAUGAAAUUGGGGAGAAAAAGGGGUGAAAAACCCCCCCACUGGCCCAGGUGACAUGCCCAGGCCGUUAGUGGUGAAGUUCCCGAGGUUCAAGAAAAAGGUAGCUGUUCUGUAAAGAGCCAAGAACUUGAGAGGAACGUAUAUCUUCCUUAAUGAGGACUAUCCUGAAGCUGUGCGCCAGAAGAUAAAAUAACUUAUCCCAGUCAUGAAAGCUGCCAGAGCACGUGGGGACAUUGCUUACAUCCGCUAUGACAGGCUCAUUGUCCACCCUCCCUCCCAAAAGCCUGGAAGGGACGAGACAGCCAAGCCUAUGGGUUCGUAGCUUUAACCCCGCAGCACACACACACCAACUGAUUAAUGGACUGCUGAAUGUAUAUAUUUCUCUCUUGCUUGGUUUGCUCUUUUCCAUAUUAUGUUCAUCUCUGAUAAGCUGAAAAUAGCCCAUGUUAAUAUAUGUAUCCUUAUAAAUAAGGUUCAUGAAAUCAAUAACUUGCAAACAUCAGAUAACAUGAAUAUAUUAGCCAUUUCUGAGACUCACUUGGAUAAUUCAUUUGAUGAUACAGCAGUAGCAAUACAAGAAUAUAACAUCUAUAGAGACAGGAAUGCUUAUGGAGGAGGUGUUGCUGUAUAUAUUCAGAGCCAUAUCCCUGUAAUGCUUAGAGAGGAUCUUAUGUGAUGUGUUAUUGAAGUGUUGUGGUUGCAGGUUCACUUUGCACAUCUAAAGCCUUUUCUAUUUUUAUUUUUUUUUAUUUUCUUUUGGGGUGCUGCUAUAGGCCACCAAGUGCUAACAGUCAGUAUCUAAAUAAUAUGUGUGAAAUGCUUGAUAGUGUAUGUGCUGUAAACAGAGAGGUCUACUUUCUUGGGGACCUGAAUAUUGACUGGUUUUCAUCGAGCUGUCCGCUCAAGAGGAAGCUUCUCACUGUAACCAGUGCCUGUAAUCUGGUUCAGGUUAUUAAUCAACCUACCAGGGUGUUUACAAACACUACAGGAACAAGAUCAUCCACAUGUAUUGAUCACAUUUUUACUAAUACUGAUGAACUUUGUUCUAAAGCUGUAUCCGUACCCAUUACUGUAGAUGCAGUGGCUAUAUCCAGGAAAGCCAAAGUUCCAAAAGCUGGGCCUAAAAUAGUGUAUGAGAUCAUACAAAAGAUUUUGCUGUGACUCUUAUGUGGAUAAUGUUACAGAUAUUUGUUGGUCUGAUGUGAUUAAUAAGGAGCAUCCAGACGCUGCACUUGAUGAAUUUAUGAAAUUGCUUCUUCCAAUUAUUGAUAAAGAUGCACCUGUUAAGAAACUGACUGUUAGAACUGUUAAGGCUCCAUGGAUUGAUGAGGAAUUGAAAAACUGUCUGGUUGAAAGAGACGGGGCAAAAGGAGUGGCUAAUAAGUCUGGCUGCACAUCUGACUGGCUGACUUACUGCAAAUUGAGAAUGUAUGUGACUAAACUCAACAAAAAGAAGAAGAAACUGUAUUAUGAAGCCAAGAUCAAUGAUAUAAAGAAUGAUGGGGAAAAAAUAUGUUACAAAGGACAAAUUCAACUCCAUCUUUCAUCGAAUCAGAUGGCUUAUUCAUCACAAAACCAUUUGAUGUCACACAUAUACAGUUGAAGUCGGAGGUUUACAUACACUUAGGUUGGAGUCAUUGAAACUCGUUUUUCAACCACUCCACAAAUUUCAUGUUAGCAAACUAUCGUUUUGGCAAGUCGGUGCAUGACACAAGUACUUUUUCCAACAAUUGUUUACAGAUAGAUUAUUUAACUUAUAGUUAACUGUAUCGCAAUUCCAGUGGGUCAGAAGUUUACAUACACUAAGUUGACUGUGCCUUUAAACAGCUUGGAAAAUUACAGAAAAUGAUGUCAUGGCUUUAGAAGCUUCUGAUAGGCUAAUUGACAUCAUUUGAGUUAAUUGGAGGUGUAGCUGUGGAUGUAUUUCAAGGCCUACCUUCAAACUCAGUGCCUCUUUGCUUGACAUCAUGGGAAAAUCAAAAGAAAUCAGCCAAGACCUCAAAAAAAAAAUGUAGACCUUCACAAGUCUGGUUCAUCCUUGGGAGCAAUUUCCAAAUGCCUGAAGGUACCACGUUCAUCUGUACAAACAAUAGUACGCAAGUAUAAACACCAUGGGACCACGCAGCCGACAUACCACUCAGGAAGGAGACGUGUUCUGUCUCCUAGAGAUGAACGUACCUUGGUGUGAAAAGCGCAAAUCAAUCCCAGAACAACAGCAAAGGACCUUGUGAAGAUGCUGGAGGAAACAGGUACAAAAGUAUCUAUAUCCACAGUAAAACGAGUCCUAUAUCGACAUAACCUGAAAGGCCGCUCAGCAAGGAAGAAGCCACUGCUCCAAAAUCGCCAUAAAAAAGCCAGACUACGGUUUGCAACUGCACAUGGGGACAAAGAUUAUACUUUUUGGAGAAAUGUCCUCUGGUCUGAUGAAACAAAAAUAUAACUGUUUGGCCAUAAUGACCAUCGUUAUGUUUGGAGGAAAAAGGGGUAUGCUUGCAAGCCGAAGAACACCAUCCCAACCGUGAAGCACAGGGGUGGCAGCAUCAUGCUGUGGGUGUGCUUUGCUGCAGGAGGAACUGGUGCACUUCACAAAAUAGAUGGCAUCAUGAGGAAGGAAAAUUAUGUGGAUAUAUUGAAGCAACAUCUCAAGACAUCAGUAAGGAAGUUAAAGCUUGGUCACAAAUGGGUCUUCCAAAUGGACAAUGACCACAAGCAUACCUCCAAAGUUUUGGCAAAAUGGCUUAAGGACAACAAAGUCAAGGUAUUGGAAUGGCCAUCACAAAGCCCUGACCUCAAUCCUAUAGAAAAUGUGUCGGCUGAACUGAAAAAGCGUGUGCAAGCAAGGAGGCCUACAAACCUGACUCAGUUACACCAGCUCUGUCAGGAGGAAUGGGCCAAAAUUCACCCAACUUAUUGUGGGACGCUUCUGGAAGGCUACCCGAAACGUUUGACCCAAGUUAAACAAUUUAAAGGCAAUGCUAACAAAUACUAAUUGAGUGUAUGUAAACUUCUGACCCAGUGGGAAUGUGACGAAAUAAAUAAAAGCUGAAAUAAAUCAUUCUCUCUACUAUUAUUCUGACAUUUCACAUUCUUAAAAUAAAGUGUUGAUCCUAACUGACCUAAGACAGGGAAUUUUUACUAGGAUUAAAUGUCAGGAAUUGUGAAAAACUGAGUUUAAAUGCAUUUGGCUAAGGUGUAUGUAAACUUCUGACUUCAACUGUAUAUCCACAUUUUGUUACGUUACAGCCUUAUUCUAGAAGUGUUGAUGUCUUCACCAUUAUUCUGCAAUUUAGAAAAUAGUUAAAAUGAAGAAAAACCCUGGAAUGAGUAGGUGUGUCCAAACGUUUGACUGGUACUGUAUAUAUUAUUUAAAAAUCUUAUAUACAGCACAUACAGGCCAUCAUUACGAGAGAGGGAGGGAGAGAUAGAUAGACAGAUAGAAAGCAGUAUGAAAACAAACUCUGACUAAACAUCUGACUGUGAUUGCUUAUAUCAUAACAGGAAAUGCACCAUGUUUCGGGCUUGGCCUUGGUGCUGUUGCUAUAGUGAUGUGGGCUUUGAGAGAGGCCGAAGCACUGUCAUCAUGUUGUGUGGAUAGGACCAUAUACCGGCUAGUGGGUUACACCCAACCCCCUCCCAAUUCCUGUGGUGUCAGUGUGUCUCUCUCUCUUGGACUGGGCUAGCGUUGCUCCAUCUGGAUCGUGACUGCCAUGUGGGCUAGCGUUGCUCCAUCUGGAUCGUGACUGCCAUGUGGGCUAGCGUUGCUCCAUCUGGAUCGUGACUGCCAUGUGGGCUAGCGUUGCUCCAUCUGGAUCGUGACUGCCAUGUUCAUCUUUUCAUGGUGCUCAGAUUUUCAUUGUUCCACAAAAUGCUCAGUGGUAUUGUUUUUGUCUCCCUCUGUUCCCUCUUAUUCCCCAUCUCCCUUUCACUUUUGCUCCCCCCCCCCCCCCUCCCUCAUCCACUCGCCCCUCCUACAGCAUUGCAGUGGUUGCGGGGAGCUCGCACCCCUGGACAGUCCUGUGGUGUAUGCAGAGUGGGCAGGCUACGACAAGCAGUGGCACGCGACCUGCUUCGUGUGUUCAGAGUGUGGAGAGGCUCUGGUGGAUCUAGUGUACUACUGGAGGGAGGGAGAGCUGCUCUGUGGAAGACACUACUGCCAGAGGACCAGACCACGCUGUUCAGGGUGUGAUGAGGUGAGGGGAGGAACCAGACCACGCUGUUCAGGGUGUGACGAGGUGAGGGGAGGGACCAGACCACGCUGUUCAGGGUGUGACGAGGUGAAGGGGAGGGGCCAGACCACGCUGUUCAGGGUGUGACGAGGUGAAGGGGAGGGGCCAGACCACGCUGUUCAGGGUGUGAUGAGGUGAGGGGAGGGGAGGAACCAGACCACGCUGUUCAGGGUGUGACGAGGUGAGGGGAGGGACCAGACCACGCUGUUCAGGGUGUGACGAGGUCAAGGGGAGGGACCAGACCACGCUGUUCAGGGUGUGACGAGGUCAAGGGACCAGACCACGCGUUUCAGGGUGUGACGAGGUGAGGGGGAGGGACCAGACCACGCUGUUCGGGUGGGACGAGGUGAAGGGGAGGGACCAGACCACGCUGUUCAGGGUGUGACGAGGUGAAGGGGAGGGACCAGACCACGCUGUUCAGGAUGUGACGAGGUGAAGGGGAGGGACCAACCACGCUGUUCAGGUGUGACGAGGUUAGGUUGAGGGGAGGGACCAGACCACGCUGUUCAGGGUGUGACGAUGGUGAGGGGAGGGAACCAAGACCACGCUGUUCAGGGUGUGACGAGGUGAGGGGGAGGGACCAGACCAAGCUUGUUCAGGGUGUGACGAGGUGAGGGGAAGGGACCAGACCACGCUGUUCGGGUGUGACGAGUGAGGGGAGGGACCAGACCACGCUGUUCAGGGUGUGCGAGGUGAGGGGAGGGACCAGCCCACGCUGUUCAGGGUGUGUGACGAGGUGAGGGGGGGGGCCAGACCACGCUGUUCAGGGGGUGACGAGGUGAGGGGGAGGGACCAGACCACGCUUUUUCAGGGUUGUGUACGAGGUGAGGGGAGGGACCAGACCACGCUGUUCAGGGUGUGACGAGGUGAGGGGGAGGACCAGACCACGCUGUUCAGGGUGUGAUAGGGGGAAGGGGAGGGACCGACCACGCUGUUCAGGGUUUUGACGAGGGGAGGGGGGACCAGACCACGAUGUUCAGGGUGUGACGAGGUGAGGGGAGGGGGGGACCAGACCACGCUGUUCAGGGUGUGGAUGAGGUGAAGGGACCAGACCCACGCUGUUCAGGGUGUGACGAGGUGAGGGGGGAAAAACCAGACCACGCUGUUCAGGUGGGACGAGGUGAAGGGGGGGACCAGACCACGCUGUUCAGGGUGUGACGAGGUGAAGGGGGGGACCAGACCACGCUGUUCAGGGUGUGACAGGUGAGGGGGGAAACCAGACCGUGUUCAGGGGUGACGGGGUUUGAGGUGAGGGGAGGGACCAGACCACAUGUCAGGGUGUGACGAGGUAAAGGGACCAGACCACGCUGUUCAGGGUGUGACGAGUGUGAGGUGAGGGGAGGGACCAGACACGCUGUUCAGGGUGUGACGGAGGUGAGGGGAGGGACCAGACCACGCUGUUCAGGGUGUGCUGAGGUGAGGGGAGGGGUGGGACCAGACCACGCUGUUCAGGGUGUGACGAGGUGAGGGGAGGGACCAGACCACGCUGUUCAGGGUGUGAUGAGGUGAGGGGAGGAACCAGACCACGCUGUUCAGGGUGUGACGAGGUGAGGGGAGGAACCAGACCACGCUGUUCAGGGUGUGACGAGGUGAGGGGGGGGGAGGGACCCAGACCACGCUGUUCAGGGUGUGACGAGGUGAGGGGAGGGACCAGACCACGCUGUUCAGGGUGUGACGAGGUGAGGGGAGGGGAGGGACCAGACCACGCUGUUCAGGGUGUGACGAGGUCAAGAGGGACUCAGAAAUAGAAUAGGAGAGGAUUAACUUUAAUGUCCCAAGGGAAAAAUUGUCUUUGACACACAGUACUGCUCUAUACAAAAUACACACUAGACAUAAUACAUUUAAUUGAAUGAGGGACGCCACUUCUAUUCAUUCUAAUUCUAAGGGGCGACAACCGCAGAUACAGUAUCUCUAAAGUCAGGUACAGUAUCUCUAAAGUCAGUUUAGUAUUUUGAUUUGAGUCUAAGGGUGACUUUUCUGGCUCCAUAGAGAAACCUUUUACCCAAUGAAGAACCCUUAAACUUUAAUAUUUUCUCCUCCUGUUUGCAGCUGAUCUUCUGUGAGGACUACAAGAAGGGGGCAGAUGGCCGGGCGUGGCACCACGACCAUUACUGUUGCUGGCGGUGUGGCCAGAGUCUUGACAGCCCCUGUUCCUGUCCCCUAAACACCCAGCCCCAAGCCUGUUAGGCCCUCCACCACCCAGCCCCAAGC